UCGCGUGAAAAAUCACAUUUGGAUUGUUUUGUUUUUCCCUGUAGAGCAUGUUACGUUUAUGUCUGAUGGACGCCGCUUGGAAAUGUCAAUACUGUAUUAAUGCCAUUUAACCCUGUUGGUUUAAGGUGCACAGCACACCAACAUUAGUAUUUGUCAGAUACCCCUUCAGUUACAACACUUGACAGGAGCUGCAGAGGAGAUGAGUCGCUUUCUAAACGUCCUGCGGAGCUGGCUCGUGAUGGUGUCCGUCAUUGCGAUGGGAAACACCGUGCAAAGCUUCAGAGAACAUAGCUUCCUGUCGGAGAAGCUUUACACCGGCGCGCCUGAGUUUGUCAAUGGUCUUCAAGCUCGGACAUUUGGUAUUUGGACAUUACUGUCAUCCAUCAUUCGCUGUGCCUGUGCCAUUGAUAUACAGAACAGAACGUUAUAUCAUAUCACUUUGUGGACGUUUGUCCUGGCACUGGGUCAUUUUCUGUCUGAGGCCUUCGUCUACAAAACUGCACCUCUAACCAUCGGAGUCAUGGCACCUCUUAUUGUGGCCAGUUUCUCAAUCAUAGCGAUGCUGAUUGGAUUCCAGUGCUUUCCAGAGACUCCAGAGGAAGUGCGAGCACAGCAGAAGAAACGGAACUGAAUGUCCUCAUGUCCAAGAGUCCACCAGACGUGUUUGGAUUGAUUGUGGUGCGCUGCUUCCCAGAUGUUAUUUUACAGUAUUUCCUACAGUGAAUCAACCUUUCCCAGAACUCUACACAUCAAUUCUCAUGCUCUCAACAUGUCCUAAGAUUGGAAAACACAGUAUUUAUUCGUUUUACAGCAGAAUAGAAGCUCCACUGAGCUCCCUCGUUCAUGUUAGCUUUUAGUGUCAUACAAAACACAAGACUCCAGUCAAGUUAGAUGAGGUCCUCAAGAAUAAUAAUUUAUUUCAUGUGUUUUAAAUAUCAAGGAGUGUGAAAUCUUCACAGCUUUGUAUAAUGUCCUAAAAUUCCAUAAAAUGUUAAUUUAGCACCUCAGAGCAAAAACAUUCUUAAAAAAGAGAAACCACAACACAAAAAGUCACAACAUAUUAAGUGAAACAAGUUGAUCAUAAACUAUGGACACUAUGCGUUUCUCUGUAAUGAGUCUACAAGCAAAGCACGUUUUUAAUUAAUAAAAUAUUUGCUGUCUCUCUUGUGCAAAAUAAACGAUUCGAUUCGCCUCUUUUUCCAUAUUGA